CUCUCUCUCACUUACCCUAACACUCGUCUGCCACGACAAUUCAGCCUCCUCAAAACGUCCACCAUCAGUUCUCAUCAGUUUAGCCAUUCUAUCGCUAUUCAUCGCACAAACAACAAGAAACUCGCCUCAAGAAGUUUCAGACUACCAGCGGUCAAGUCAAAGUCCCAACAGGGUGACUUUGAAGCAAUCUUAUAGUAGGUUCUCCCCUUCGCUCACCCCAAUACCUGUCUGCCACGACGAUUCAAUCUGCCCACAACUUCCACCAUCCGCCUUCAACGGCUUUAACAUUCUACAGAAAGAUGGUUUCAACCAAAUUCGGCGUUGUGUAUCCUGGCUCUUCUGUUGGUCGUCUGCGAGCAGCAGUCAAGCGCGCGCACGAGAAGCGCAAGCUGCAGCAAAGGCUCCGAAGGCCAUCUCAACCUCCAGCUGGAGGCCCACCAGCACCUUGCCCGCUUCUGGGCCUUGCCACAGAGCUUCGCCUUCGAAUCUACAGCUUCAUCGUUCCUCAGUUCCUCCCCGAUGCCCCAGAGGAGGAUUAUCGCAGCCUCUACAUGACGUGCAAGACCAUCAAAGCCGAACUCGACGACGAGAAUGAGAGAGGGGCUCGCAAGAGGUUCCAAAACAUCAGGAACUUCAUUCCUCAAGAGCUGGACGUGCUUUCCAAGACGACCAAGAUCACGUUGUGCUUCCCGAGCAGAACACUAACCAGCGUGAUGCUCGAGAUCUUCGUCCUCCAAUGCAUCGAGAUCCUCAUGCCAUCGCAUCUCAAACAAGUCACUAUCAGCAUCAACGACAGCGAGGGCCCUGACUGGUUCAUGGACGAAUACUACCGCGGCACCGUCGCCAUCACCACCCCCGCGACUCCAACAAACCGCCCACACACCAUGGUCCCCCUCGCCACGACCAUAAACUGCCUCCUCGUCGGCGACUUCUGCGGCCGCCACCGGCACCCGCGCGUCAACCCCUUCUGCAUCGAGGACCGCAUCCACAUCUACAUGGUCGCAAGGCAGUACGUCUCGACGCUCAAGUCCACCACCGGGUCCGCCCAGCCCGCUGCCGCCGCCGGGUCCGCCCAGCAGCAUCCCACAGUAGCCACGCACAACGCCAACCUCAUCGCCGCCGCCCCCCCUCGUACCGCCGGCGCCGUCGCCGCCGCCCGCAAGACCGUCAACAACAUCCAGGAACUGCGCCUCGAGCAUGAGGGCGAGAAGCCCGCUGACAUUACAGCACCGAGUAUCUACUCGUUCGUGCGGCCCGGGACCACGGAGGCGGUGAGGUGGUCGCCUGUGGUCGAGAGGCCGUGGUUGAGGUUGAAGGGGUGGGAUGUCAUGGCUGAUGGGGUGGAGAAUGGGAGGAAGUGGUUCUCGAGGGAGGCGCCGACCGCGUUUGUUUGGAGGCCGUAUAAGGCGAGGAUUUGGGAGAGGGUGGGCUGUAGGUGGGGGUGUAAGGUGUUGGAUGAACUGUGAUAGAUCUAUAUGGGUGGUGUGUUAAUGCGGAUCUGUCGUAGAUGUGAUGGUGGAAGGUUUGUGGGGUUUGGGGAUUUGGGUGGUUGGUGUUGAGUCCCUUCCUUCUUUGAUGGGCCAAAUUGUAUGGGGACUCGACAUCUGAGGCAAGGAGGGAUGGGAGUUUUUGUCUAUUCACUGUAC